AUGACUAAAGUAACCAUUUUCGGCGCUGGCAUCACCGGAAUGUCAAUUGCCAGCCAACUGCCUAGAAACUAUGAGAUCACUAUAGUUGCCCGGGAUCUCCCUGGAGAUGACCCAACGCAACAGUGGUGCAGCCCCUGGGCAUGCGCUGGCUGGGUGGCUCUCGGAGGCACUCCCCUGGAGCAGAAGAUGCAGCUUGACAGUCUAGCCUACUGUUCCAAGCUCGCUAAAACUGACCCGGAAUCCUCCAUCAGGUGCUCAGAACUCACAGACCUUCAUGAGGUUGGGGCCACGUCAGCCAAGGAGCUUUGGUAUCACGAGAUCGUUCCCGGAUAUCAGGAGCUGAACCCAGCGCAGCUACCUAACGGUCAGACGGCUGAUGUGGCGGUAAAGUACAAUAGUUUCACCCUCACUCCAGCAGUCUUUCUUCCGUGGCUCCGGAGCCGCCUUGAGACUACAGGGGUUACAUUCAAGCGCAUAGAGACUAUCAACUCACUUGGCGCGCUUUCCCAUUUUGGCCACGACAUUUUGAUCAAUGCGUCGGGCUUAGGCUCAAUGACUCUUGGGGAUGUCCAGGAUGAGAAGAUCAUCACAGACCGUACAUAUACGGCGGUGGUGAAAUCUGAAUUCCGCGGGAGUUUCGUUCGCCGCGCAGCGGCUGGCUACACCUACAUAUUUGGUCGUCAUGAUGGCACUGCGGUCCUCGGGGGCAUCUCGGAGCCUGUUGGUAAUAAGAGAAGAUCGACGGAAUCCACACGUACAGAGCUGGUUCGUAUGGCGCACGCAGGUUUACCUAAUGACUUUCCUUCCGGUAGAGUUAGUGACUACACCUUCGUCACGGACCUUGAAGGCAUCCGACCAUUGAGACUACCUGAAGUGAGAGUGGAGAAGGAGGUGAUCAAUGGGCAGAACGUAAUUCACGCUUACGGAACAACAGCCGGUGGAUACAUCUAUAGUUUCGGCCUUGGGCGCGAAGUUGCACGGCUUGUAGAUGCGUAUGCAUUCACGCAUUAG